AUGGCCCAGCAGGGCAAUGGCCACACCGGUUGGCCAAUGGACUAUGAAGAUGGCACCGGCUAUGGCCUGCCGCCCGCCGGGGACGACCUCAACGACUUCUUAGAUAUGAACGCCCUGCAGCACCACCCUAUGGAGACGUGGUCUUCGGUGCCGGACCCGUCUGGCGCCGUGGUCGACGGCGGUGUGCCUCAGACCUUUGGCCGCGAUUCGCAUCAUGCUUUCCAACAGCUACCGAACGGCUAUGCCAAUCUCGUCGGAGCCCAGCCGCACUCGCAGGAGCAUCAACAGCCGACACAGCAGCAAUGGUCCACACCAGGCUUUGCCAUCCAACAUCAACAACAGCCGCAGCAGCAGCAGCAACAGCAACAACAACAGCAUGCAUUCGACCCUUCAUCCCAAAAUCAUGGCUUUGUUGGUCACACACCCGUGUCGUAUGAUGCUGUCCAGGGCUUUGCUGUCCCUGCGGAGGCCAUGGGCAACAUGCCUACCUACCUAUCUGGCCAGAUCAGCAACGAGCAGUGGCAGCAACGGCAACAACAAGAGCUACUCCGCCAGCAGCAGGCGGCGCUCCAAAAACAACGCCAACAGCAACAACAGCAACAACAGCAACAGCUCCCGGUUGACGUGAACAGAUACCCCUACGCCACAUCUCCACCCGGAGCGACUGGACCGAACGCCGCACCUCGACCGAGCUUGUCACCUGCGCCGCCCCGACAAUCCACCCUCACCCCCGAUACGAUUGGCCACCCGCAUGGCACCAACUCUCCCGCGCCCGGCAGCGGUUACCAGAACCCGGCUCAGAACUGGCCAAUUCAGGCCCAGCUGCAGCAACAGCAGCCACAACAACACCACCUUCAAUUCGCCCAGAACAUGACACCCGUUCCGCAACCGAUCCACCAGCAGCAGCAGCUACAUUCGCCAGCACAACAACAAGCCACCCCAUUGCCGGCCCCACCUACCGCGACAACGAAUGCCACAAAAGCGGCGGCAACCACCACGCCAAAAGCUACAAAAGUCACAAAACCCAAGGCCACCAAAGCCACCAAAGCGAAGGCAGCAGCGCAGCAGGCGCAGCCGGAACAUUUGUAUCAGCAACAAAUGUACCUUGACCCGCAACAGCAGCAGCAACCAUCGCACCUACCGCAGCAGAUGCCACAACAGACACCUCUGGAGGCAGGAGCGAACGGUUGGGCGCAACACCAACAACAGCAACAGCAACAGCAACAGCAACAGCAACAGCAACAGCAACAGCAACAGCAACAGCAACAGCAACAGCAACAGCAACAGCAACAGCAACAGCAACCGGGACCGGGUCAGGUACCGUACCAGCAUCUGGCAGACGAGCAGGCGUGGCAGGAUCAACAGCCACAGCAGCAGCAAUUCGUGCAGCAACAGCAGGCACAGCAGACCCGACAAUCACCUCCGCAACAAGGUCAGCAGCUUCGUGUCCAGCAAUAUCAACCGGCACAACAAACGCACAACUCCCAGCAGAAGAAGCAGCUCGAGCAACAGCGGCUAUUCCAGCAGAUGCAGAUGCAGCACCAGCAAUUUCGCAUCCAACAGCAACAGCAAAUGCAACAAGCACAGACCAGAAUCCCGCCUCCGAUCGUCUCGCCUAUUCAGCCUCCGACCUAUCCUCAGUCUGCCAAACCCGUGGCGGCCGCCAAAACCGUCGGCAAGGCUCAGUCGUCCACCCCCGUACAAAGCACGUCCGCCAUCCCGGUGCCCACCAUUCCAACUGCCACGCCGGUACCCGUGCCGACAAUACCAGGUGCCGCUCCCGCUGCAUCACGUGUUAAACCUGCAAAGGCCGUGUAUAAAAAGCCACAGCUGUCCGAUGUCCUUCCCAAAGAGAUUAAGCACAUUGCCAGUACUGCAGAGACUCAGGAGCGUAAGCAGCUCUUCCCGGGCGUGCCAUUCUUGGUGCUGGGAAACGUGGUGCAUAUUGAGCCUCCACUGAGCACGACCGAACCGGCUGUGCUGCCUGAUCCGUCCAAAGACCUGGGCACGAAGCACUUCCCCGGUCGCAAAGGCCCGCUGCCCUGCGAGACCAUUGCCGAAUAUGAUCGCCUUGUCAGCUCCCAGCCGUCCGAGAAGAAGGAGGCGCUGGUGUUCGAGCUGCGCAGUCGGCUCAAGAGCCAAGGCAAAGUCUUGCCGCCCAAGGUGUACAAGUUUGCCUCGCUCGGCGACACGCCUAAGAAGCCUACCAAAUCGAUUGCUCAAGGCCGCCCGGCAGCUAUGGAAUCGCCCGGCAGUAACGAGGAGUCCGAAUCCGAUGAGGAAGAGGAAGUUCGCAGCGCGACCCGGCCCACAGACCCGGCCGAUGCGGCUGCUUGGGACGCCAUUGGCUUCGUCCAUGUCGCCGACAACGCGCCCACUACUAUCAAGCGUGCCGUCAAGAAUUUUGGCGACUUUAUCAAGGGUAUCUACGACGGCAUCAAGGAGACCAAGGAGCGCCUCAAGAAGGCCGAAGAAGGUGGCAGCAAAAACGAGACGGUCGAACAAAUCAAGAAAACCCUUGCUUCAAAACAGGAGAUUUUGUAUCGUGCCGUCGACGCUGCGGAUGAAAAGGGCCACGACCAGGUGCUAGAGAACCUGGGCGGCAACGGCCCGCUCGUCGCCAACCUUGUGUCGGCCCUGCGCGACUGUGUCAAUGCCUCUGACUUUAACGGCAAGCUGACCAAGACGUUGCUGCGCUUCAUGUCACAAUUCACGACGAUUACCGACGAGAUGCUGAACCAGCGCCUCAAGUUCGACAAGAUCCAAAAGCGCUUCAUGACCAAGGGUGACGCCGAGGUGAAGGACUUGGUCGGUGAAAUUGUCUCCAAAACCAUUCACGCCAAGCCAGCCUCGGCCACGGCUGCUGCGAAUACGGCAACAUCGGCGAACGACACUAUCGUUGUUGCAGACGAUGUUCCGUCCAAGACAACCGCUAAACCGGCGUCGUCCGCGUCCAAGACUGGACCUACAAGAGUCGUAUCUGAUUCGUUGUCUUCAAAACGCCCCCGCGAGGAUGAGUCGGCCGAUUCACGCCCUGCAAAAAAGUCAGCCACCAAUUCUGCCUCAGGCGCACCGCAAGCAGUUGCCAAGGUCACCCCGUCCUCCGGCGCAGCAUCGUCCACGCCUGCGGCUGCCAAGCCAUGGGCCGGCACAUCACUGUUACCCGGCAAGAUACGUCCCGCUACUACGAAGCCGGCCGCUCCAAAGGCAGAUGCAUCAUCAACUGCAGCGGACAGCAAGGCCGACGUGUCCAGCAAGGAUACAGCAAAGACGUCGUCAAGUGGCUCUCCGUCUAAGCGCGAUACAGAUGUGCCCACAACGACCGGUCCUGCAAGCAAGGCGGCGCCGUCUUCCACUGCCGCCAACAAUUCUGCCAGUACAAUAGCGGCAGCAGCCGCCGCAUCCCGCGCUAAGAAAGCCGCCGCCGCCGCAGCCAAGGCCGAGCAGGCGUCGUCUGGAUCUUCGAAGCUGGGCCUGCUUCUCGACGAGAUCUCCAAGCCCAAAAUUAAAAACGCCUCGCCCGCCGCUCCCACGCCGGACUCCUCGUCGAGCGAAAGCGCGUCGGCCAGCGAGACGCCCGAGCAAAAGGCCAAGCGCCUGCGCAAGGAGAGCCGUCGCAAGCUGCGCGUGACGUGGCGGACAGGCACCGACCUGACGCAGGUCCGCAUCUUCACCAAAGACGAGGGCGAAGACGAGGGCAGAGCUAAGUACCUGCUCCGUGACGCCGGCGACGACCGGUCCGAAGGUCUGGCCCUGAAGCGCCGCCUAAUGAAGGGAGGUGCUGAGGACGACGACGAUGGCAACGGCGGCGGCGACGGCAUGAACCUCGACGACGAUGAAGAUGACGAGCUGCCGUACCGUCCGUGGUUUGAGGCGUCGCCCCUCAACUUUUCGUCUCUGCCGGCCGAUAAGGUCGCCGAGACAUAUGUCACGCGUGGUGGACAGUUACCUGUCGAUUCGUCCGAGCGCAAGGCCAUGGCCGACCGCGAAAACACGGUCCUCAUGGCCAUCUACACCGACCACUCUGACAUCCCGCCUACGCCCAAGUCACCGUCGGCCGCUCACCCUGAGCUGGCUAGCAAGCCCGUCAACGGGAUUGCGUUCCCGGCCUCCGAGUCCAAGGCGCUGCAAGAGGUGCAGGUCCGCUGGAACGAGGAGCGCCAGUAUGGCGCCAAUUGGGCUGCAUGGAACGCAAUCCAGCGGCUGCAGAGCGCCAAGAACCCGCAGCAGCAGCGGCAACAGCCGCAGCAGCCUCAGUCUGUCGGCGGUGCCAAGGCAGGUGGCACAAUUACUUCAUUCACGGGUGCUCGGGGCGGUGACGUCGUCCGCCUCCUUACGUCCGGUGCUGUCAAGAACUGGCGGCCGACGCUUGACCUGUCGUCUACCACCAAGGUGCACCGCUGGCAAGAUUACUCAGAUCCGACCGUCCAAAAAGCUGUGCUGGCGCUGGAGAGUAUCUUUCUGCAGCUCCAGGGCAAGGCCUUUCCGGCCACCGAGCCGCCCGCUUACAUUGUUGACCCGGAGCGCAUCAAGGAGUGGUGGACGGGCUAUAACCGCGAAAAGCAGCGAGAACGGACGCAGGCUGAAGCAGCCGAAGCACAGAGCCGCAAUGCCGUCCAGCCGCAACCGAAAGAGGAACAGACACAACAACCGCAGGCGGCUGCCACAGCCGCUGGCCAACAACAGGAUACCGCCGCUGCAUGGGCCGCCUACUACGCGCAACAGCAGCAGCCGGCGGCUGUCCAGUCGACGGAUGCCAACGCCUAUGCGCAGUACAUGAACGCAUACUACCAGCAGCAGGCGCAACAGCAACAGCCGCAACAGCAACAAGCAGCCCCAGGCGGCGCAGGCGACCCGAAUGCUCAAUUACAAACACUGUUGACAACGCUGGGCGGUGGAUCUGCCGCUCCACCCACAGGCGCCGACCCGCAGAACGAUGCACAGCUGCAAGCACUGCUGGCGUCGAUGAUGGGCGGUGCCGGUGCCGGUGCCGGUGCCGGAAGCGCACAGCCGGCUGCUGGAUCGGCCGACGCGAACCAGGCGUACCUGCUGUCUCUUGCACAGUGGGCCUCCGGUGGCCAACAGCAGGACCAGGGCCACCACAAUGAAUCCCAAGCUGACCAGGACGGUGGUGACAGCUAUAAGCGUUCGCGUGGUAUCCGCAGUACCACUGGCCGCAGACGGAAUUAUCAUUACAAAGACAGUGACGGCGGCAACGACAGCGGCAGCGGCAACACAGACUCCAACGCUAGUAGCGGCCCGUAUAACAAGCGGGACCGCGACAGCGACUCCAACGUGCCCAGCCACCUGCGCGGCAUCAACCGUGCGCUCAUUGGCACCAAGGCCUGCGUCUUCUGGGCCAGCGGCAAGUGUGCCAAGGGAGACAAAUGCACAUUCCGCCACGAUUAG